AUGGAGGGUUACUUAUAGAAAUGGGUUAAUCCAUUUUAACGAUGGUAGAAACGAUACUUUAUACUUAAUGAUCAUAUACUUACGUAUUGCGAUCAACCUGGAGGCAGAUCAAAAGGACAAAUCCAUCUGAAGGUGGCAGGAAUCGAUGAAAGCAAGGAUGAUGCUUUAAGAAUAAUCAUAAAUACAGGAACAGGUUAGAUUUUGUUGAAGGCAGCUACUGUCGAAGAGAAAAAUAAGUGGUUGAUCGCUUUAAAGAAAAAUCAGGAAUAUUGUUAAAGACAUUAAGUGUUUAAUUAUGGUUAAAGAAUUUAAGAACUUUUAACAGAUAUAUGGAGCAAUUUUGCAUUAUUUGAUGAAUAACUGACCUAUCUUCAAGAGAAAGUCACCUUGAGCAUGUAUAAAGAAAUCAGACAAUACCUAAAAAAUGGAAUUACCUUAUGUUGUACAUUGAUAGAAGAAGCAAAAAUAAAAUUAUAUGGGGAAUCAGAUACAAUAUAUGAGAGUUUCGAUUUUGAGAAUGAAAUUCCAUUAAAUACCUAAACAUCGAAUUACUCAAAUAGGUUAGAAGAAUAAAAAUAAAAUUAAUUAGAAAAUUUCAACUCCAAUCAGUUUUUGGAGAGUAUUAAACUAUUGAAUCCAAUCAAAUAUAAUAAUAUUAAAUUCAACAGAGUCUAUUCUAGAAUCAAUAUAACUAAUGAAGCUACGAGGAAAUGUUUGCCGUAUAAAUAGGAUCCAGAUGAAAAGUUUGCAUUCUGGCCAUUUUUAAAAGAGUGCAUAGGCAAAGACCUAACAAGAAUUCCAAUGCCAUUAUUAUUUCAUCAGCCUCUAUCUGCUUUGUAGUUUUUUGCAGCCUCAUUUGAAUAUUAUGAAAUCUUAAAACAGGCAGCAAGGGCAGAAGAUCCAUACAAAAGAAUGUCAUAUCUGAUAGUUUUUUCCUUGGUUAGAUGCAUCCUUGGAAUAGAUUGUCAAAAGAAAUUCUUCAAUCCUGUUCUGGGGGAAACUUAUGAAUACUUCACUCCUGAAUACAAAGUGAUAAGUGAAUAAGUGUGUCACCAUCCUCCAAUCACGGCUGUCCAUUGUGAAAGUGAAGAUUUCAUAUUAUCAAUCACAAUGGAAGCCACAGUUGGUUUCUCUGGAACCAGUAUCAAGGCUAAAUUACCUGGUUUAGUGCAUUUCAGAAAUAAAAAAACAAAUGAACAUAUGACUUAUUCAUUCCCCAGUAUUGCUGUUAAGAAUUUGCUAUUUGGCAAAAUGUAUUUCGAAUAAGUAGGCGAAGCUAUUUAUACUAAUCAUACAACAGGAGAUGUAGCAAUUUUAACAUUGAAGGAAAGAUCUAGUGAAAAAGAUGCUCAUUAGGUAAAAGCAGCAAUUAAAGACAAACAUGGAAAUGUUAGAUGCUAAUUAAGUGGGUAUUUCCAUAAAGAAAUUUAUGCCAACAAUGAAUUAAUUUGGAAAAGAAAUUAGGCUGAUCCAGAAAGUAGAUGGUAUUACUUUUAUUCUCAUCAUAUUUUGCAAUUAAAUCAUUUAAAUGAAGACAUUUUAAGAAAUAUACCACAGACUGACAGUAGAAUGAGAUCAGAUAUGAGAGCUUUGGAAUGUGGAUUCAAAGACCUGGGUUAAGAAGAAAAAGUCAGAAUUGAAGAAAAGUAAAGGGAAAGAAGGAAAAUAAUGGAGGAAAAGAAAUAAUAACAUAUUCCAAGAUUCUUUAAGGAAGAAUUUGAUCCAAUAUCUAAGAGAAACUAAUGGGUGUAUUUAUACAAUUAUGAGAAAGAGAAACAUUUAAUAGAUUUAGAUUUAUUUUGA